AUGUGUCUCAUGAGAACCUACGAGACCCGAGGCCGCGGCGUCCUCGAUCCUCCACCCCGACGUGGAAACUUCACCUCGCAUCCCCCAGCCGGUGUGAUGCGGUUACCACGCGAGUGGCGUCGGAGCGAAAGUUAUAGUGAUGAUGGGAGAGUGGUUGAAUAUAGACGCUCUCAACCACGAGUUAUUGAAUACUAUGAGGAGCCGAGACGGAGCACCACGCGAGCGAGGAGUGUGAGUAGGAGGCGGAUUAGCGAUGUCGCGUAUAGAACUCCGAGAGGGAGCCAUGUAGAUGAGAGGGUGAUCAGAAGAAGUGUUAGUCGGGUUAGACAUUGA